AUGUCCGCAGGGUGGCUCGAAUCCUUCUUUACAGCUGUGGGCCUACCAAAACUCGCAUACCACUGGCAGGCUCUUCUCUUUGCAACGCUAGCAUGCAACUUUACAGUAGGCUUUUCUCGCAUAAUAUCUCCAAUCCUGUUCCCAAAGACUUACAAACAACUCAGUGAUCUAAAACGGCUCAGUUGGGAUAUACAUGUCGUAAGCCUGGUGCACUCUGUAGCGAUAACUGCACUAUCCGCUCCCCUAUUAUUUGAUGAAACGUUGCUGAAAGAUAAAGUGUUUGGUUAUGAUGAAUAUGCUGGAAAUGUGUAUGCUAUAGCUUGCGGAUAUUUCCUUUGGGAUUCUCUUGUGAGCUUAUAUUAUGUCAAAGCGUUUGGCGUGGGGUUCGUUGUGCAUGGUGCUUCUUGCUUUGGCGUUUACCUUUUCGCUUACCGACCCUUUCUUAAUUAUUAUGGUGCGGCGUUCCUAAUGUUUGAGUUGUCGACGCCGUUCCUCAACUUGCAUUGGUUUAUGGACAAAGUAGGAGCAACUGGUUCUUUGUUGCAGUUCUUCCGUAACACCAGUUAUUGGCUAUGUCCUAACAAUGUCCAUUUACUUUUAAUCCUUACGUGCACGGUUGUUUUAUCAGUCACGGUAUUGCCAGUUAUCGACCGAGUUCCGAUAUUUCUUCAAGUUAUUUAUGGUGGUGCCAAUGUCAUCUUAAAUACAUUGAAUGUUUUCUGGUUCUUCAAGAUGUUAAAUUCAGCAUCACGACGGUUCCCAAAGAGUGGGCAACCAAUACCACCUAAAGCAGACAUCAAAGACACAAUAUCGUCAGGAGAAAGUUGGGAAGAUUUCAAGACCAAUGGGAAAAAGAAUGACUAG